GGCGGGCGGAGGGCGGUGGGGCCUGCCAAGAUGGAGGAGUACGCGAGGGAGCCCUGUCCCUGGAGGAUAGUGGAUGACUGCGGAGGCGCUUUCACCAUGGGAGCCAUUGGAGGUGGCAUCUUCCAGGCUAUCAAGGGCUUCCGGAACUCCCCAGUGGGUGUAAACCACCGGCUGCGGGGCAGCUUGACAGCAAUUAAAACAAGAGCUCCACAGCUGGGAGGGAGCUUUGCUGUCUGGGGAGGCCUCUUCUCCAUGAUUGACUGCAGUAUGGUCAGAAUGAGAGGGAAGGAGGAUCCCUGGAAUUCCAUCACCAGCGGAGCCCUGACUGGAGCCAUAUUAGCUGCAAGAAACGGCCCCGUUGCCAUGGUGGGAUCUGCGGCCAUGGGAGGAAUUCUCCUGGCGUUAAUCGAAGGAGCUGGAAUUCUCUUGACAAGAUUUGCUUCCACACAGUUUGCAAACGGCCCUCAGUUCUCAGACGAUCCCUCCCAGCUGCCGCCUGCUCCCUCGCCCUCUCCCUUCGGUGACUACAGGCAGUACCAGUGACCCUCCUCGGCUCCCGUUCUCCUCAGCUCUCCCUCCCAGCAUCGGCAGCCCCAGCUGUGCUAUGUCUGCCCACCAGUGGUAACCUCUGACACACACCACGCCAAGAGGAACCUUCAGCACUUCUUGGUGUCGAGCCACGCAGGAGAACUGGUAGCAAGAGGACAGGUCUAUUUAUUGGUGAUAGGUCCCAUUGCUGUCAUGUUAAUGAGUGUCUGGUAGAAUACACGGAGGGUUCAGACAAGGACCAGCUGGAGUCUUGUCAUCCUUUGGACACAGACUGCACUGGAAGCCUCUGGAGUCUUCCCUGGGAUGUGGCUCUGAGCACCCGCGUUGAGCACAGCUGGAAUUGAGCCUCAUCCCCACUGGAUUUAGGUCACUGUUUAUCAGCUUAAGGAAAAGAGUUUUAUCUACACCCAGGUUUGCCAGUCCUAAAGUGAGUAUUAGCAGAAGGCACAAGCUAGUGGGAAUUCCUUCCAGCAACACCCAUUCCGGUGCUCUUCUGUGUUUCCCACACUGCUCCCAGCCCCAGCUCUGCAGCUGAAGCUGAAUCUGCCUUUUGUGGAUCUGCCUCCCUUUAAACCCUGAGGCUUUGAGCCUCUGUUAGCAGGAGGUGGCAGCAAACUCAUCCUGCCUCUGUGCUGCUGCUUCCUGGCACCCUGCAGUGCGCAGGACACACCAGACCCAGUCCUGAGCCCAGUUAAACCAUCUGCUCUCCAGUUUGGAAGCGCGUUCCCUCUGCCAGCAGGUACCAGCUGAGAGCCAGUGAGGUUUGCUGGUGGUGCUGGCCUUGCUGGAGUAGCUGUGCUCCCAAAGUCAGGGCAUCGGGGCUUUUCCUCUGCCCUGCAGGGAGCUUGGUCUCUGCUCUCUGUCAGGGAACCAAGUUAGGCCCUUGUGAUAGGAGGAGAGGGUGGGGAUAACACAGAAGUAGCACAGUAAUGGCUGCCAAAGGGAUGAAUUGGGAUUAUACAAAGUGUAAGUGCAAAUCCUGCCCCUUUCCUAUGUCCACCAUCCUGGAAAAGGGACAUUUUCCUGUUCCCAAUCCCCUGACCAUGCUACAACCACUCCAGGAUUCCCAGCGGUUGAGUCUCUGGUACCUUCCAGGUUCAUGGAGCUGCUGUUGGGGUGUAACUUCCCAAAGCCUUACACAGUGCAUGGCUGUGGCUGGGGCUUUGCCACUGACCUGGCUCCUAAAGGCAGUUUUCAUGCUCCAUGUCACUUGGGCAGCGCUCCUGGCUCCAUCUGAGACCCCACUGUGAGGCUCAGAGAGGAUUACAUCCUGCCCCAUCAGCUCCAGAGCAUCCCCUGCGUGUCCAUCAUCACCUCUGUGUUCAGGCUCAGUGUGCAGCUCUCAUGCCAGGGAGCUGGCCUAGGGCUGCACUGGAGAGGAGCUGCAGGCAAACAGCUCUUGCCCUCACACCUCCCAUGCCCACAGGCCCUGGCGAGUCCCUCACAUGUGCUUCUACACAUCAAGAAACCUCUGAUUCUGGGUGUCCUUCAUCCCCCCCACCCGCAGCAUCCUUUCUGCUGCACUGAUCCCAGGCAGGAGGGCAUCGAGUCCCAUUAAAGCCAUUCCCUUUGGCCUGUCCCUACAGGAAGGGCUGUUUCCUGCCCUCUCAUCACUGCAACACCCACGAGUUCCCUGUGGCUUCGAGUUCAGCCGCUGGGUUUGGCCUCUGCCCCGGCCCCACACUGACCCUCCCGGUGCUCACCCCAAACAUCCCCCCCCAAAACCCACCACCAACAGCACAACACCGAACUAUUGACCUGUUUAUUUCAAUCAGCUACAGCAGCUCUACAUUGCCCUGCCCCACUGCCCUUCCUUCCCUGCCGGAGCCAGCGAGGGGGCCGAGGGCAGUGCGGGGCCCGGCCAAGGCUUCUUGAAAGCAUCGUAUUAAAUAUUAAAUAGUC